AUGGCAGCUCUCGACGAUAUUCCGUGGAUAGAUUCCAUGGCACCCUCAACUUACUCGCAGGACCACGCUGAUUCCCAGCCUCCGACGGUCGCUGCUUUUUCUCCUACCACCAUUUCCGGCUCGUCUUUGACGUCCAAGCAGCGCUCCAGUAUCAUCGUUCACCGUAAAUCGCCGCUGCUGGUAUCCACUCCUCCGCCCGUCACGCGGGCGUUGGCCUACUCUCAUCCGUUCAUCUUGCCCCUGAAUAAACUGGUGGGUUUGUUGACAUGGACCAGCGGUGAUGCCUGGCAGAGCUUCCUGCUCGUGUCGGCCUUCUGGGCGGUAGCCCUCUACGGCGAUGCCAUCAUUCUAUUUGCCGGCCCGCCGUUGGUCGUGACCGGCCUCAUCUUGGGCAUGUAUUGGAGGCGAUACUCCCCCUUGUCAUCGAGAGCUUUCUCAGGGGAGAAACCGGGUCACCAGCGAGUCGCUUCCGAUGGCUCCUUGCGCCAUCACGACAGUCUCGAUGAAAUUGUGGAAACCAUGCGCACAUUUACCACGCGGUGCAAUAUCUUACUGGAGCCUCUCUUGGAGCUGACCGACUUCCUGUCUACUCAAAGGACCGCCACCUCGGCCACCACAAGGCCGGCUCUCACGACUCUCUUCUUUCGCAUCUUGUUUGUGACUCCCAUCUGGGUUGCCUUGACCCUCCCUCCGUUACACCUCAUCACUACUCGCCGCGUCAUCCUAAUCCUAGGCACCGUCAUGCUCACUUAUCAUUCCCGGCCGGCGAGGGUAUCGCGCGUUAUUCUCUGGCGAUCCUUAACGGUCCGCCGCACAUUCUCUAUAAUCACAGGCCUCUCCUUUGCGAUGAACGUCGACAAACCUUCGUCCCGGACGCAGAGCCAUGGCCACGCUAUGAAUAUUGCAACCCGGCGACGCGGAGAUUCCUCGGGCGUGCGCUUCACCUUCAUAAUAUAUGAAAACCAGCGUCGAUGGCUGGGAAUAGGAUGGACUUACUCCCUGUUCCCUUCGGAACGUGCCUCUUGGACGGAUGAGCAUCUGAAUCAUGUUCCCUCCAAGGACGAUUUCGAUCUGCCCGAGGUCCAAAACGGCAACGCCACUUGGCGCUGGGUAGAGGGCAGCGAGUGGCGCAUCGAAGGUGCCGACGAUUCGCACAGCAAAGCCGACACCAAAACCUCCGACGGCGGCGGUUGGAUUUACUAUGACAACAAGUGGAACGACGGUCGUCGUGGCCAGGAUGGUUGGGACCGAUAUACGCGGCGCAGAAAAUGGUGUCGUGACGCCGAGCUUGUGGAAAUCCCUUUGGGACCGGAAAGUUCAUCUGCAGAGACCACGUCCGGCUUAACCCAGGCAUUGGAGCAGCAGAAACAGAAGGAAUCUGGCGCCCUUGACGCUUCAACAGCCGAUGCUGAUUCCCAGAGUCUCGCCCCGUCGACCUCCUCCAAAACGCGGAGACGGCGAUGGUUUGGGAAUUCGAAGAGUGUAAGCGACAAAGCCAGCAGCACCUCCUCUGCACCAACAGCCUCCAACAAUAACUCGUCCGUAGAUCUCGGAAGAAUAACGUCUGCUCCUAGCUCCAACCUCGGAAAAAGCGCCUCCAGGCCGAUUAGCAUCCCGGCGCGAAAGCUGUCUAACUACUCCCGGAGUUCUAGUGGCAGCCAUGGUUUGGAUGGGAGCGCGCAAGGGAGCAACACCCCCAGUGAAAGUACGAGUUUGCGAGAGAAAGAGAUCGCGCACGCACAAGAUCAUCUCGAUCGUUGGGGUGCUCGAGCCGCCGGGGGGACCGAACGAGCGGAGCGAGAAAUGGGUCUGGGGGACGAGGUUAAUAUGGGAUUGAGCUGACAACUUUCCGUAAUGAAAAUAUCAAUCGAUCAAGAAACUUCAUUUGGUGUUUUUUGUUCUUUUUUGUUGGCCCCUAAACUAUGGGUCAGGGACGGUUGUCGUGUGCUUCUCGAGUUAAUAUAUAUAUUUAUGGUUUUUUUUUUUUUAUCCAUGCCAAGAAUGAAACCUAACGCCAACAAGAUGAUCAUCAUCCACUCGUGAUACGUAAUAUAUACAGACAUACACCAGUGGGAACAAAAGUAUUGAACCUGAUAUCCG